AUGGCGUCCAAAGAAAAAUUCGAAGAUCUAAAUCUUUCAUCAGACGAAAUUAAGCAAAUUGGAGAGGCUCUAAAGAAUGAAGAAUUUAGAAAACUCUUUGUUGAGUAUGCAGAAGAAAUAUCCAAUCCAGAAAACAGAAAGAAAUAUGAGGAAGAAAUCACACAAAUGGAGAAUGAAAGAGGAAUGGAUGUCCAGUUUGUUCAUCCCAAACCAGGUCACUGCAUUAAAACGAGUGUAGACGGGAACACGAAGGCGUUCAUCAAUAUCUGUGUUAAUGACAAAAUUGAUACUCCACACUCCACCCCUCAAGUUAGCAACGGUCGUAAAGGUUUGCACUGGCAGAUUCCUCACGCUUUUUCUCCACCCCGAGAUGAUAUUGCCAAAUCUGGUGGGAAAUGCAAAGUGUUUGAUGUGGUGUUUCACCCUGACACAUACAGAAUGGGAGAGAAUCCACGUUUUAUGAAGCUUGUUGAGGACACUGCUGUUGAAGGUAUUGAGAACCAGUUCGGUGUAAAAUUUGAUCGCAAGAAUUUGAAACCAAUGAAAAUGAAGUAUAAGGGUGUUCCUGUUGCAACUGUCAUUCGAACAAGAUCAAACCAAGCAACCAAGAAGUCAUCUAAUGAAGAACCUGACAGUGUUUUGAAGAAUAUUCCCUACCCAUAUGAUGAUAAGACAAGUGCUGAAAAAAGUGAAGAAAUGCGAGAAAAGCUUAAAAAUAAGAAGAAAGAAGAUGGUCAGAAAACUAAAUCCCAGAAAGCUCCAGAAAAGAAAGAUGGACCAGCUGAGCCUAAAUAUUCCAUUAAACAUAGGUCAAAUAUUGACAUGCAGGAAUAUCGAAAUGCUCCAGAUGCUAAAACCAGUACCAGACCAAAUGAGUUAGAAAUCAGAAUUGAAUUACCUCUGUUAGACUCGGCAAACCAGGUAGAACUGGAUGUCUUUGAAAAAAAACUGUCUUUGUCAUCAGAAAAACCAGCAAAGUACAAGUUGGACCUAAAUUUGCCUUACCCUGUGGAUGAUGAGCAAGGUUCGGCUAGAUUUGACAAGUCAAAGCACUGUUUGAUUGUAACUUUACCAGUAUUACCUUUGGAACAAGUAGAGAUGCCAUUUUCUGGAGCCAGAGAUGUGGAAACUCAGGAAGAGAAAAACCAAGAAGAAUCCCUAAAACUAAUUGAAGAGAUUCCACAGAUUGAUGAUCUCCCAGAUUUAAAGGAGAUUGAUGAUUUGGAAGACACUCCCACUUCACCUGAAACUAAACCACUAUAUUCUGAGCCUCUGAAUAUCCCUUCUGCUCCAAAAGUUGCCUACAGAUUUCCAGAUUUUACCUUUAGUCAGGACACUGAAGCUGUUUCAUUUGUUUUGAAGGUUUGGAAUGUACUCCAAGACUCUGUAUCAUUAACUUAUCUCUCUUCAAGCAGUUGUCAGGUUCAGUUUUUGUCCAGAGGGUCAGGAGGGUUUCCAAUACACUAUCGCUUCAUUGUCAAAUUUGAGAAAGGUUGUGACAUUGUCCCAGAGUACUGCACUUCAGAUGUGAAUGAAGCAAAUGUUGUGCUGACCAUCCUUAAGGCAAAGAAGGCUAGAAGAGAUUGGCAUAUGUUCUAUGCAGGCAGCAGUGAAGAUCAGCUUCAGGAGUACUUGUUUGUGACAGAGAAGAACCUUCUGACAGAGCUCAAUCAGUUGACUGCAGAAACAGAACAAGUUACACCAGAAUCAGAAAAUACAACCUCUGUUGUUGUGACUGAAAUGAAUAAAAAGAAACUGGCAAUAAAGGUCAAGAAGAACAAGCAGCAACAUGUGAAAGCAAACCAGACAUCAUCAUCAGGCUCGAGGACUGUUACCCCUCUGACUGAUUCUGAGGAAGAAGAGUUGGCUUCUGUAGACAACGGUCCACCAUCAGCAGAUAUUCAGGUUGUUCAUGAUCGAGAAGUCUGUAAUCUGCAGGGAAUUUUAAAGCAACGUACAGUGUCAGAGUCCAGUGAGGAUUUGACAAGCUCCAAUAGCAGCUGCAGUCCAAGCAGUCCACGAGAGGACCUGUUUGGAUUCAAGAAAUCGGUCAAGUUUAAUGACCGUAUAGAUCAGACUACAUUCCGCUCAGGAGCAUCUGUCACUUCCAUGACUACAGCUCUGAAGAGCAAACGUCGCAGAAACAGGAAAAGAGAUGAAAAGAAAAGUGGCCGUCAGCGUCUGAACAGUGGGGGCUCAGAGGGUACAUCUAGUGGAGAGGAAUUGGAACCAAGGCAAUUUGUAGAAGAGGAUGAAGAAAAUACCCCCAACAGUGAUAAACAGGAAGUUGGUAUCCAGGAGGAGGCUGGGACAGGAAAUGAUCCAGAUUCAUACAAGGCUCAAGUCAAGUCUCAGGAGGACGUUUUAGAAGGAAGGAGCAGUGAAAAAGAAACUGGAGAUGAUGAUAAAAUUAGCUCUGAUGUAUUAGAGACGUCUAACAUUGCCAUGGAGAGUGUUGAAAGCAAGCUAGUGAAAAAUAUCAAGGAGAAAUUGUCAAUGGCAAAGUCAGAGCACUGCGGUUAUAGUGAUGAUGAUGAUGGUGAAAUUGAAGAGAAAGAUGUGAAUGGAACGAAUGAAGAGGAAGUUCAUGUGAUAGUCAAAGACAAACCACUAGAUUAUAGGACUAAUCCAACUGAGAUUGGUAAUUCUAAGCAAUCAAAAUUCACAGAGCAGCUAGAUAAAUCAUCCAAGUUAUCUGCCAAGCAGAGUGGUGAAGACUCCGGUGUAGAGAGUGGACUGGAGGGGCCAGGAGAUUCCUCUGAGAAGUCAGGGGACAAGAUAGAGACGUCACUCAGCUGGGAGGAGACAUCCAAAGCUGACCCUGUUCCCCUGACCCAGUCUAAGGCCCCUAAUGUCACUGACCUGACCACUCAGGAUCACACUACUAGGUGUGCUUUUGACUUCUCCAAUGCCAUUAUGUUUGAUCUUGAUGUUGACUAAUUCCACAACAUUGUCUCCCUUCAUCUACAAACUGUUCAUUAUUUGUAGAUUUUUAUUUUUCCUUCAAACAUGAUGAUAAGGGAUAUAUAUUUUUUUGUUAUCAUAUAAUUAUAAUGAUUUAUUGUGAUACAAUGUACUUUGGUGACUCUCCCAUUUGUCACUUUGUUGUGGUGACAUUAAAGCUGUGUUCAGAUUUUGAAUGGAUUAAAAUAAAAACUUUUUCCUCAAA